AUGGAAUGCCCUGGCUACGGCCUACAGCUCAAAUGGGUCCAAGGCGUCGCCAGUCGCGGUAGUCUGCGGGGCAGAGCGUUUCCUUCCCUCGAUGCUCCUAUCACGGUAUCACACUCACCCCAUCCUUCGUCGGAUAGUCUAAUAGACACGCAUACUACUGGCAGCGACAUAAAUGCUCUAGAUCGGUACAGCCAUUCCACGACACGUUUCUUACCAUCGAAGCAUGUUCCAUCCCCCGUUUCAGAAUUUUGCUUAUCGCAAGCUCGACCGUUGCAUGUUUCACGGUUGCUCUCCUGGUUCAACGACCGAGUCGCCCAUCGACUUGCGUGGGUUCCGCAACAAAAUGCAUGGCGUCAGAUGAUUCUGCCAAUGGCCGAGAGCUCUGAAACAGUUCUUUCUUCCAUCCUCGCUAUCGCCGCCCAUGACCUCGCGUCGGAAUAUCCUCCAAAUGACCUGGGACACGGAACAUUCCAGCAGAUGUCAAAAAGCUAUCAAAAUAAGUCUCUUGUCCUUUUAGCUCAAGAGUUGAACAACCUUUCCACGUCAUCUACAUCGGCAUUAGAAGCAAGCACAACCUCUGCCUACACCCUUGCAUCUGUGAUUCUUCUCUGCAAUAAUGAGUUUAUGAAACCACAAGGCGCCGGGUGGAGGGUUCAUCUCUCCGCUGCGAGGGAGAUUAUCCUGGCGGCAGGGAACCGAUCGAGCCGGCACCACGAGCUGGCCUCCAUCGAAGAGUUUCUCAUGUUAGAAUUCUAUGAGGCUUCCGUGUGGGCUGAUUUGACGACAUUUGAGAACUACAGCAUGACGGCCAAGGCUCCACCUAUUAGUGCCAAGAACGCAGUCUUCACUGACUUCAUUCGGGUCAUUGACCAAAUCACCCGUCUUGAGCGUCUGAGGUUUUUCUGUGGGUCGAUCGAUCAAGAUUCAUUAUAUGGCCCAAUGCAAGACAUCCAUUCGCAGAUUGAGUCGGCUAGAAGCAGCAUGAUGCGUCUCAGUGGAUCCAUUCACUUCUCAUCUGAAGCUGAUCAACAUGGCUUUGAACUGGUAGUGUGGAUGUACUACCACGCAACUCUCAUUUACAGCCACCAAGCUUUAUCGGAGGAUGCUACUGAUAGUGAUCAUGUUCGCAAGUCUCGGGAUGAAAUCCUCCGUUAUGUACAAUUUCUCUCCGAGACUCGCGACGGCAUGUUCGCCCAGGACCUUGUCUGGCCACUUUUCAUGGCUGGAACUGAACUUCGAGGAUAUCCUACCGGUCAAAGGAUUAUUCAGGAAUGUUUCGGCAAUGUCAUGCGUAUCAGUCGCACUCUGGACAGAGCGCGUGUACUCUCAUUCGUUGAGACUUGGUGGAAUGAGCCUGAAACCCAUUCAUCUUGGAUCGACAUGGCUCGAAAGCAAUCCCAAUCUUCGCAAUGCGACAUCCUCAUUGUAUGA